CGACGCUGGAAGAAAGCGUGUGAAAAGACAGCAUUUUUGUUUAAGUUGAUGAAAGGUGGUAUUGAUAUUAAUAAAUUCAACAGACAACAUUUGUUACAAAGCCUGUGCUCUUGCUGUCCUUGGCUAUCCUCAAUUUUGUCAACCCAUCAACACCCUGACUAUUGCACCAACCAGCACCAAGUCUCUCCUUUGCAGUGGAGAGAAUGGCAUUCAGCGCUUCACUCUGCAUACCAAUCGCUUCUCAAUGUUGGUCCUUGCCACUGACUGCAUAGUUUUCGUCGAUUUGAUGACGUGGUUCCAUCUAUUUCUCAACCGCAUUGACCAUCCCGAGAUAAAAGGAUGCGUUUGCGUCGCACGCACAUUCCCACCUUUUCUCUCCAAACUUCAUUUUCCACCCCUCUUCCUCUUUUUUUUUUUGCUCUG